CUGUUGUUUACAAUUUUUAAAACGACUGUAACAAGUAAAAAAUGUCUUUGCAGCUCACCGAAAGCGACGCGAUAGUUCAACGAAUUGUUAGCUUAAGCGUGGCCGAAAAUGUGGAGGAAAUCACAGGCUUGCUGAAGACCCUGCGUCUUCUGCUCACCAAAAGCAGCGCCGCGCAAGAGUCUGUGGCUAAGAAUGCAGAGUUUUCUGGUUUUAUAAAAGCCAUGGCUUUCAAUCCCCAGAUGCGCACCGAGCAGAGCACAAUCCACACACUCACGCUGCAGGUUCUGGCCAAUACUGUGGUGAACAACGGACCCGCCCAAGCACUCAUCUGGACAAAGCAUGGCACGCAGAUCGCCGAUCAGGCCUGUGCCGCUCCCUUGGGAAGCUCGAACAACGUGCUGCUAAUGGUCAUGUACAACAUUUACCUUAAUGGCUGCGGCCAGAUCAGCAAUGAGCUGGCUCUCCAGACUUGCCUCCGCCUGUGGCAGGCCAUCAACGAGGCACAGUGCACCCUAAACUUUGAGUACUUGCACUUCUUUCUGGAGAACUUCAUGGUGUCGAAUGGGCGGGUCGGUGUGGGGUGCUAUCAGCGACUGAGCACCGAGGAGCGCAUAGCCUUUCUGGAUUAUGUGGCGCACUAUCUGCGCGAGAACAGUCCGAACGGGAAGCUGGCCCCAUUCCUGCUGCAGCACUUUGCCAAGGAGUUUCGUCUGAAGUCCGACUGCAUUCUGAGGGAAACGUUCAAGCUGCGCCACGAGCUGCAUCCCCGGGAAGUACACACGCUGCUGCGCAUCAUAGCCAGUGUCAGCGGCUCCGAAGAAUAUGCCAACUUCUAUGCGGAAGAUCAGUCACUGUUCAUCAAUGUCAGCAGCUUGCUGCGAUGUGUGGUUGCGGCAGGCAAGGAGGCUGACGGUGGCGGGUUAGACAAGCCAAUGACCAAGCUGGAAGAGGUGGCCCUCACCUCCGGCGUGGAUGCAGAGUACGAAAAGAAGGUUUCCUACGAGCUGAAGACGCUUCUGGUGCGCUGCUCGGCCAAUUUGUUGUACGAGAACAAGGCGAACAAGGGCUACUGCAUUGAUACACAGCUGCUGCCCACUCUGCUCGAGUGCACGGUGAUGGAUGCCCGCAAUCCUUUAAUGCGCGAGUGGAGCAUUCUGGCCAUACGAAAUGCCUGUAUCAAUUGUCCAGAUGCUCAGCAUAUUGUCGCCGGCCUGACCAUGCAGGGCUCGGCCCCCAAUGACCUCCUCAGCGAACUCAAUCUGGAUAUGGGCGCCCUGCGCAUCACGGACAGACGCCAAUAGCCAAAUACCAGCACGCAACUCACAGAAACAUACACACGCACAAAGACAGACAGACCGGACCAUUGCGAAGCGAGGCACGACCACUGGCUGGCCAACAAGUGGUUAGCUGUCUUUCGCACGACGUCAUCCGCCCGGCAGCCGCCCUCCCCGUGCGCUGAACGAUGCGCUAAUGGUAUGCCAAAAGAUCUAACAACAUUCAUAAACUCGUUGUCACCGUUUAAUGGCAUCGCAGGGCGCGUGCGGGGAAUCGGGAACGGGCAUUCGAGCGAGCAACCACGAGCGUUUCUACAGCCAGAGCGGAUAUAAAAAUAGCUGCCCAUGUACCAUGCUCAGUGCAUGAUUAAAAAAGAGAUGCCUAAAUUCAUCAAUUUCUAAAUUUAUGCACACAUUGCUACACUCAGAUGAGAUGAGUUUGGUUUAUGGGCCAAUUAGGAAACGAUGACGUCGCCGAGCGAUUCCUUUGGCGACUUCUGCAGGUGGCAGCAUGGGUUGCGGUGUGUGCGAUGGCCCCCCAUUCUCAUUACCAUGCGUAAAUCUGUAUAUGUGGAACACGCGAACACGGCCAACGCCAACGCCAUGAGUUUAUGUUUAUGUUGCUCUGCAGGGCCAAGAAACAAUGGAGGGAACAGCAACCCCACACUCACUCUGACUGGCA